AUGAACGGAUCUGUGCGCAAAGCGGUUCGCCCAAUGAUUAUCCCAGUGUCUCCAACUCCUAGUCCCAGCGAUGGCGAUACGGAUCACUCCCUCGCACCAGAGCUUGACCUGCCCGUCAUGCCCAUUGCCGUCAUUGGCAUGGCCUGCCGCUUUCCUGGGGAUGCCACCAGCCCCGAAAAGCUGUGGGAACUUUGUGCCAACGCCCGCAGUGCCUGGUCCCCCAUUCCUUCGAAUCGCUUCAACCAGGCGGCCUGGUAUCAUCCAGACAAGGAGCACCUCGGGACGUCGUACGUGAAAGGAGCACACUUUCUAACCCAAGAUGCCUCCCAAUUUGAUGCGUCGUUUUUCAACCUCUCUUCCGAAACGGCUAGUGCAAUGGACCCGGAGGUCAGAAUGCAACUGGAAACGGUAUACGAGGCGUUGGAGAAUGCCGGCAUUCCCCUCGAACAGGUGGCGGGCUCGCGAACGGCCGUGUUUGCAGGGACCUGCUUUCGAGAUAAUCACGACAGCUUAAUGCGAGACCCAGACACCCUUGCGCGCUUCUAUUUGACAGGGAAUGGGGCGGCCAUGAUUGCAAACCGGGUAUCCCAUUUCUAUGAUCUACGAGGCCCCAGUCUCAUGAUCGACACCGGCUGCUCCACCACUCUCACCCUACUUCAUCUAGCCUGCCAGAGCCUGCGAGCUAACGAGAGCAACAUGGCCAUCGUAGGGGGAUCGAAUGUUCUCCUGAACCCGGAUAUGUUUAUUUCCGGAACCAACCUCAGUCUUCUCUCCGCGGAAGGAAAGUGCUUUGCUUUUGACUCCCGGGCAUCGGGGUAUGGUCGCGGGGACGGCGUGGCCACCAUCCUAAUUAAGCCCCUGGAGACGGCCCUCCGCGACGGCGAUCCCAUUCGCGCGGUGAUCCGCAAUACCGCCGCUAACCAGGAUGGGAAAACGGCCACCCUGACGUCACCGAGCCAGGAGGCACAGCAGACGCUCAUGCGGGAAUGCUAUGAAGUGGCGGCUCUAAACCCCGUUGAUACGGCCUAUGUCGAGGCCCACGGGACCGGGACCCAGGCUGGAGACACCAUUGAAGCGCAUGCACUGGGCACGGUCUUUGGCAAUGGCCGACCCGGGGAACACCCGCUUCUGAUCGGAUCGGUCAAGACGAACAUUGGCCAUACGGAAGCGGCAAGUGGUCUUGCAGGUAUUAUCAAGGCGGUCAUGGCAUUAGAGAAGGGGAAAAUCCCACCGCAUUUGAACUAUGAGUCCCCCAACGAGAAGAUCUCGCUGGAGACUUUGAAACUAAAGAUCCCGCUCAGCCUGCAGUCAUGGCCCUCACACUCGCUACGUCGAGCGUCGAUCAAUAACUUCGGCUAUGGAGGCGCCAAUGCACACGCUAUCCUCGAACACCCACAAUAUCUCCUUCCUCUCUUGGCCCCGUCGACAGAGCUAUGCUCCCCGAAUCCCAAGGCCCGGUCUCGAGUGUUCGUGCUCAGCGCCAAAGACCAACAGACGACCCGGACCAUGGUCGACCAACUGCGACAAUAUGUUUCAGAGGCAGGAGAACGAUCCGAGUCGAAAAAUGACCAUCUCAUGGAUCAACUGGCACUUACACUAGGGCAACGACGGUCCCGGUUUGCAUGGACAGUGGCCUGCCAAGCAGACUCGCUGGCCGCCCUGCAGUCGACGCUUGACUCCACACAGCUGUCUCCCCAUCGCAGUUCGCGGGCUCCCCGGCUGGGAAUGAUUUUCACUGGCCAAGGUGCCCAGUGGCACGCCAUGGGACGGGAGCUCUUAAGCGCCUAUCCUGUCUUUUGGCAGACUAUCGGGGAGGUGGAUGAAUGCCUCCGCUCUAUGGGAGCAAGCUGGUCGGUGGUCGAGGAGUUGCAGCGCGAUGCCAACGAGAGCCGCGUCAAUCAAGUCUCCCAUAGCCUGCCGCUGUCGGUCGCGGUCCAAAUCGCCCUAGUCAAUCUCCUCCGAUCCUGGGGCAUUCACCCCACCGGAGUCACCGGCCAUUCGAGCGGAGAGGUUGGCGCUGCAUAUGCCGCCGGGGCUAUCAGCCUGUCGGCCGCCAUGGCCAUCGUCUACAGCCGGGGCGAUCUGACCAGUCAGUUUCAAAGGCUGCUCGACCGUGCAGGCGGGAUGGUGGCCGUCGGUCUGGGUCGCGAGAAUGCCCAAGCCGUGCUCUCCCGGGUUCAAUCUGGGAAAGCCGUCAUUGCGUGCGUCAACAGCCCAUCCAGCGUGACUAUCUCGGGCGAUAUGAUCGCUAUUGAGGAGAUAGAGGCAAUUCUAGCGCAAGAGCAGGUGUUUGCUCGCCGCCUAAAGGUCGAAGCGGCUUAUCACUCUCACCAUAUGCUGCCCAUUGCCGACGACUAUAGGGAAAUGUUGUCCCGGUUCUUGCAGCCAGAACCCGGUUAUGACGGGGGAAUUACCUACUCAUCCCCGACGACAGGCGAUCGUAUGUACUCCGGAGAAGAAAUCGCGAGUCCAGAGCACUGGGUACGAAACAUGGUACAGCCUGUGGAGUUUCUCGACGCCCUUCGCAACCUCUGUGUUAAUCCGGCGGAGACUGAUGGCACGCCCGCGGUUGAUCUGCUCAUCGAAGUCGGGCCGCACGGCGCUCUGGCCGGUCCAGUCCGACAGACCCUUCAGCUCCCAGAGCUACAGCCAGCGGGAAUCGCUUACGAGUCGUGCUUGACAAGGGGGGAGAAUGCCGUGCAGACCAUGCACCGUCUGGUCUCGUCGUUAGUCAAACAAGGCUAUCCGGUGGAUCUCGGGGCGGUCAAUUUCCCUUACAGCCACCAGGGAAUACCGAUGCUCACCGAUCUGCCGACAUAUCCAUGGAAUCACGAGACGUCCUACUGGACUGAACCACGCAUGAACCGUGACCUGCGGACAAGGACUUUCGCACCCCACGAUCUAUUGGGCGUUGCCGCCGCCGAUUCCACCCCUUCAACACCCAGCUGGCGCUAUGUCAUUCGUCCUCGGGACGUUCCCUGGGUGCGAGAUCACGUCGUCCAGGGGUCCAUUAUUUAUCCCGGAGCGGGCUACAUCAGUAUGGUCGUGGAGGGUCUGCGUCAACUUGGUGGCGGUGAAUUCUCGCUAACUCCAUCGGGGUACCAGCUGCAGGAUGUUCAGAUCCGCAAUCCGCUCAUCCUCGACGAUACAUCGGCCGCCGGAGUCGAGGUUCGCACAUCCAUGCGCCCCACGGCCGACGGAGUCCUUCGGGUCCAGGGCUGGUAUGACUUCCAGAUCCAGUCGGUUGAUACUCAGGGCAAGUGGACUAUUCACUGUGAGGGUCAGUGUGCAACUAUCGCACCACAUAACGGAAGUGGAUGGGUUGGCCCGGCUUUCGUCGAUUCGGGGAUUGAUAAUCAAGCAGAGCAAGGGAACUGGAGAACAAUUGAUCCGGCGGAUACAUACAAGGCAUUGCACGCCGUAGGCGUGAAUCACGGCCCGAUAUUUCAGAACUUGAUCGCUGCGCAAUCGAUGCCUGGGCACUCUAUCUCAACAUUCAAAGUGGCUGAUACGGCUGACUCCAUGCCGCACCGCCAUCAACAACCCCAUCUCAUACAACCGACCACCCUGGACUCGGUUUUCCAGGGGGUAUACCAUAACCUACCCUCCGGAGGAACGGACCAACGAACGGCCCUGAUUCCGACCGCUAUCAAGUCAUUGUACAUUGCGUCUUCGUUGAGUGCAGAGCCUGGACACAUUUUUGAGUCUCAUUCGUCCCUCAUCCGGUCCGGUCCUCACGGAUUUGAGUCCUCUGUCCGGCUCGUCGAUGCAACCACCCCCGGUCCCCAUCGGGAGCCGGUACUGAGGAUCGAGGGAUUAUUCUUUCGGUCACUGGGCGGGACAGCUACGAUUGAUGAGCCGCAUGACAACCUCUGUUACCAGGCUAUCUGGAAACCAGACGUGGACUUUGUCACUGCCGCCGAUCUGCGUCCCUCCCAAGCUUCUAAUCUCGGUGCCAAACAGCUCAAAUUCUCGCGACUCCAGGAGAUGGCCGUUGUCUUUCUUUCUGCAGUGCUCCGCGAGAUUAAAGAAGAGACUGUCACGGCAGACAAUCAAGCUUAUUGGACUUGGAUGAAGAGCGUCGUCGACGAGGCUCGGCCCACACUAGACCUCGAUGGCAUGAGCGCGGAAUACGUCCUGGCGCUGGCGUCGGACCUGGAAGAGGUCGAGGAAGGAAGGCUUCUCACCCGAUUUGCUCGAGCAUUACCUGAUAUCCUUUCUGGACAAACGGACGCUCGAAUCGUGGCUGAGCAUUGUCACUUCGAACUUCUGGAAAGGUCUUCAUCUCAGCCAGCUGACUUUUGCGUCUCUGUUGUCCAGGACCUGCUAGGUCUGUACAGCUACAAGUCACCCCAGUCCAAGAUUCUUGAAAUCAGCAAUGGCAGUUUCCAGACGACCCGUAUGAUACUAGAUGCAUUGACAGCAGGCACGGACCGAGGUUUCAGUGACUACGAUAUGGCGACUCUGGAGCUGCAAGAGGCACGGGCUACAACAGAUGAGGAUGCAUUGAAGGAUUAUGAUGGGCGAGUUCACUUCAAGACCUACACCCCUAGCGAGUUUCCAGAGGAUCAAGGCUUUAGUCCUGAGACAUACGAUUUAAUCAUUCUAUCCUCUGCGCUGUGUAUCACUGGGGACGUUGAACAGAUUCUCAAGAAUGUUCGAACCUUGCUCAAGCCGGGAGGCAAAUGUCUGAUAUUUGGACACAGCAUUCAGGAUUCUGCAAUCCAGGUUAUCCUGAGGCUGAUGCCGCAAUGGAAGGGAGUCGCCUCCCUCGAAUCGUGGAAGGGCCCACUCGAGCGAGCUGGAUUGGACCCCUGCGCCCUUCAGGUUGUACAGGGCCUCGAUGCCGAAUCAUAUCGAGGUGAAGUAAUUUUGGCUUCAAUUCUUCCACCGGAGGUGGCGAAGGAACUGCCAUCAUCACGCCAGAUCAUGUUGGUGUACUCCACAGCUGCACCGCCGGAGAGCUGGGUACAGUCCCUCAGGGCCACCCUUCAUCAACACGGUUCCUACAGUUUGUCGGUUCACUCCUUGGAAGAGGCGGUCAACGUUGAGAGUGGUGUUUGUGUCUUCCUCGAUGAUCUGGUUAGCCCUCUUCUCCAUAAUCUCACUCAGGAUCAGUUCAACGCCCUGCGCCAUUUGUUGGGCUUCUCCCAGGGCUCCUUAUGGGUAUCUCGGGGGGCCCAAGCGAUUACGGAGGAGCCGUGGGGUGCUCUCCAUCAGGGUUUGUUACGGACCCUCCGAUGUGAGAACACUGCCAAGCGCUAUGUCUCCUUGGACCUGGCUCCGGAAUCUGCGGCAUGGAGUGCACACUCGGCCGAUGUGGUCGCACGUAUCCUACACGUCGGCUUUUAUCUUUCGCCCCAUAACAAACUGGAAACGGAAUAUUCUGUUCGAUCCAAUGUAGUCCACAUUUCACGUGUUUGCGAAAACGUGCACGAAACCCAGCUCGUCUCUGGUCUCUCUCUGCGGAGAGAACCGGAGCUCAAGCCCUUCUUUGAGAUCGGCCAUCCAGUUCGCCUCGGAGUGACCACUCCGGGUCUCCUUAGCAGCCUGGAAUUUGGCCAUGAUCCUUUGGCGAAUGAGCCGCUACCUGACGGUUAUGUCGAAAUCGAGCCACGAGCCUUUGGACUCAAUUUCCGCGAUGUCAUGGUUGCCCUGGGUCAGUUGGAUGAAAUCCGGAUGGGAUUUGAAUGUAGCGGAGUCAUCGCCCAUGUCACUCCUCAAGCUCGCGCGGCCGGUUUCAGGGAAGGGGAUUAUGUAUACGCCUUUAUCAUCGGGUACUUUGCCACCCGUGUGCGCAUCCCAUACACCAGCGUUGCGCCUAUCCCCGUGGGUAUGGAUUUCCCCACGGCUGCUUCAGUUCCGCUUGUAUUUAUUACCGCUUACCAUGCCCUUUACGAUUUGGCUCAUCUGAAGCCCGGAGAGACUGUUCUCAUCCAUUCGGGAACCGGUGGAGUCGGGCAAGCGGCCAUCAUGCUGGCCCAGGCAGCUGGCGCAGAGAUCUUUGUGACCGUUGGGUCGGAGGAGAAGCGAGACUUCAUCGCUGAGCACUACGGCAUCUCUCCGUCUCGGAUAUUCAGCAGUCGAAACGAUUCCUUCGUGGAUCAUAUCAUGCACGCCACGAACGGAAAGGGAGUCGAUGUGGUGUUGAACUCCCUCGCCGGCCCUCUUCUCCGCCAGACAUGGCGCUGCAUUGGCACCUUUGGUCGUUUCAUCGAAAUUGGAAAGAAGGACAUUGAGCAGAACAGUAUGGUCGAGAUGGGGCCCUUCGUCCGCAGUGUUCUCUUUGCCUCGCUGGACUUGAUUACUCUGGGGGAACAGCGUGGACCGGAAGUGGCCCGCAUCUUUGGCGAGAUCAACACCCUGCUCGAGGCCGGUCAAAUCCGUCCGGUGAGCCCUAUUACAACGUUCUCCAUGGGCGAGGUGGAGAAAGCCUUCCGCACGAUGCAAACGGGGAAACAUAUAGGCAAAAUCAUUUUACAGCCACGGCCCGGCGAUAUUGUCAAGGUCCUGCCGCCCGCUCCCAAACCUAUUAUUCUCUCCCCUAAGGCGAGCUACUUGGUUGUUGGUGGCCUCGGUGGCAUAGGAAAAUCGGUGGCCCAAAUGCUAGUUGACAGAGGAGCCCGUCAUCUCGUCCUGCUCUCCCGCAGUGCCUCGACGCUCGAUCAUUCUAGGAAAGCGUUUGUCCGCUCUCUUGAAGCCCAUGGCACGACCGUUACCCUGCACAGCUGCGACAUCGCCGAUAAGAGUCAGCUGAUGGCUGUUUUUGCAGACUGUGCUCGCCGCAUGCUACCGGUGAAGGGGGUCAUCCAAGCGGCCAUGGUUCUCAAGGACUGCAUCUUUGAACAGAUGAAGUGGGCUGAUUACAUGGCCGCCCUCCGUCCGAAGGUCCAGGGCAGCUGGAAUCUUCAUGAACUGUUGCUGGAUGCGGAUUUCUUCGUCCUUCUCUCCUCGAUCAGCGGCUUUGGAGGAAAUGCGGGACAGGCGAACUACGCUGCCGGGGGGAGCUUUCAAGAUGCUCUCGCCCGACAUCGCGCGGCACAGGGCCUAUCUGCUGUGUCAAUCGAUCUGGGAAUGGUCUCGUCUGUAGGUGUGGUCGCAGGGACGCAGCGAGUUGCAGACCAUCUCACCAAACUGGGGCUGCGAGCUGUGUCUGAACAGGAAGUCCUGGGCCUGGUCGAAUCCGCGAUCCGGGAUCCCCGUCGAACAUCCACAACAUGCCAGGUAGUCACAGGCAUCCCAUCCACGUUUACCCGGUCUGAUUCAGCUGCAUUCUGGAAUCAUGAUACCCGUUUUGCUGGGUUAGAACAGCGCGGUGACCUCACCGGUUCCGGGGAAGGCUCCGCCGGUCCUGACGGUAGCGGGCCCAACAUCAAGAAGCAGCUUACCGCGUCGACGACGUUGCUUGAGGCCGUCCAGACCAUCACACACGCCCUAGUCGGGAUUCUCGCAGGCAUGUUUAGCAGGCCGGUGUCGGAAAUAGACCCCAACAUGUCGCUUUCGCAGUUUGGUGUGGAUUCAUUAGUGGCGGUUGAGCUGCGCAAUUGGCUGGUGGCCACAUUCGAGGCCGAGUGCUCUCUUUUCGACGUGAUGCAUAGCUCCUCAGUGACCGCAUUGGCGACCCUUGUGGCACACAAAAGUAAACUGGUGUGUGUCGGCUGA